GGCCUUUGACCGGGGCGAGGUUCUGCGGCUGUGAGUCGGCAGGGGGCGCUCCGAGUCGGGCGGCUACUCGAGGAGGGCCGGAGGCUCCGCUCGAGUCCCGGGGAGGGGGCGAUGCUACCGGCUCGUUGCUGGGCGCUGCCGCCGCUGCUGGGUCGCAGCAGCAGCAGCAGCAGCUUGUGCCGCUCCGCGUUCUUGCAGGUGACCGGGCAGUGCCUGGCCAUGGCCAGACCCAGCUCAGACAUGGGUAGAUUCCGGGAGGUUCUGAGCCGGGCGCGUCACGUGGUGGUGCUGACGGGCGCCGGCGUGAGUGCCGAGAGCGGCGUGCCCACCUUCCGCGGCACCGGCGGAUACUGGCGCACCUGGCAGUCGCAGGACCUUGCGACGGCCGCUGCGUUCCAGGCGUCCCCGUCGCGCGUCUGGGAGUUCUACCACCACCGGCGCGAGGCCGUGCUGCGCGCCGAGCCCAACGCGGCGCACACGGCGCUCGCGCGCUGCCAGCGCCGCCUGGCCGGGCAGGGCCGCACGCUCACCCUUGUCACGCAGAACGUGGACGAACUGCACCGACGCGCCGGCUCCGAGCGCGUGCACGAGCUGCACGGGAGCCUGUUUAAGACGCGCUGCACAAGCUGUGGACACGUGGAGAGCAACUACGACAGCCCCAUCACCCCGGCCCUGCAGGGCAAGGGUGCCCCAGACCCGAACACUCCGGAUGCUGCCAUCCCUGAGGAGUUGCUGCCCAGGUGCGUGCAGGGUGGCUGUGGGGGGCUGCUGCGUCCGCACGUGGUGUGGUUUGGCGAGAGCCUGGACUCGGGAGUGAUGGACCGGGUCUACGCCGAACUCGACUCCUGUGAUCUCUGCAUCGUGGCGGGCACCUCGUCCGUCGUCUACCCGGCCGCCAUGUUUGCGCCGCAGGUCGCUGGCCGCGGGGUCCCCGUGGCGGAGUUCAACAUCGAGACGACGCCCGUGACGCAGGGCUUCGGGUUCCACUUCGAGGGGCCGUGUGGGCAGACGCUGCCCACUGCCCUCGCUCCGCACAAGAACGAGCUUGAGGCAGAGGGGGACGGCGGUGGUGGCGGGCAGUGAGGGGCAGCGCCUCGCAGUUUUUUUUACAGCGUCGACGACAUCGACCGUGCCCGUCGCCGGCUAUAUCACCACCCGUCCGGCCUCCCCUCGCCAUCGCAUCAUCAGCCCCAUUGCCACCGCUGGCACGAUCACACGCACCGCAAAACCCCCUCCCCAUGUCGUCGGGCCAUCAUGCCCGGGUCUCAUCUGUUGUCCCGUGAAAUGUUUUUAUUCCGCGUGGUCAGAAAUUCGUCAACCUCGCAGUUGGAAAUUAUAAACAACAACAACAUCUUGGAGAAAAAUAGGUAGAAUUUUCGAAGGUAAUUAUCUACGGUGUGCCCUCUGCGUCGUGCUGCGUGGAUCUCCGGCGUCCGACGUUUCGCGCCGCGUACCGUCAAAAUGGGACCUUUUUGCCAGUUUCAAAGUAUGAAAAAAAACAAGAAUAUGUUUUACCCUUUCUGGAAAUAAAACAGAAGGUGUUAAGCUGUUCCAACACCAAAUAGAAACCUUUGGCAAGGAAUCAAGUUUGCACUUUGCGUUUCUCAAAGUUAAAAGGCAUCCCCAUGAUGUAGCUGCUCACCCCGAGCUGUACAUGCUCUCUGGUCGUACCUUGUGUUUGGACCUUUGGUUUCACGCUGGUGAGACGAGGCCAUGAAGACGGCUGUCUCGGGUGUAGGCCAAUCAGUUUCAAAGACAAUGCACGUGAUCAGAGCGUGCUUGUUUUGCAUGUUCACCACAAGUACCAUGGGGUUAAUAAAAACGUCCGUUUGUCUUCAGUUCACUUCUAAAGCACAGCUUCAACAUUGCCCCCACGUUAAAAGCAAUGUGGGCUUGGGCCCACUAACCUGUCUGUGCACGGUGUAACUUCCAUUUACCAUAGGCAUCCGCGUAUAUCAACCCGCUUAACAUAUCCGCUGCGUAACUCAGCCACCCAGCGAGUCGUGGUGCUAAGCUAAGCUACGCCAAGUGGUUUUACACUAUGAGACAUCUUCUUUACCAGUUGCAAAAUAUAGUAGUAGGUUUUUACCCUUUAAACUGGUACAAAACUGACACCUUUAUACAAGGCAUCAUGUUUGCAAUAACUCAGCCACCCAGCGAGUCGUGGUGCUAAGCUAAGCUACGCCAAGUGGUUUUACACUAUGAGACAUCUCCUUUACCAGUUGCAAAAUAUAGUAGUAGGUUUUUACCCUUUAAACUGGUACAAAACUGACACCUUUAUACAAGGCAUCAUGUUUGCAAUAACCACAACACAAGUAGUCAAAAUGCAAACAAAAAAAAACAACUCUGAUGAUGAUAAUGAUAUGCACUGUCCUUGAAGUUGAUUGGUCCACACCCGAGACAGCUUCCUUAGAGCCUAGUCUCCAUUGGUGUUGGACCAGAUGACGCCAAAAGGUGCACAACUCAAAAACAGCGCACCAUCAGAGUAUUGAGAGCUCGGGGUAAGCAUUUACACUAUGAGACCUCCUUUAUCAGUGGCAAAAUAUAGUAGGUUUUAUUUUACCAGGUGAGGUCCCACUGACCAGGCCGCAAGUGAUGGCUCAGCGAAGCGGCUCAUCAUCGUGUGGAAAUCUACAGCAGCCAAAUAUUUUGAACGCGUGACGUUGAUUCUAAAUGCGGAGGGGAAAAACCGGAGGACCCGGAGAAAAAAAAUCCAUGCAACCACGGGGAGAGAGAGAUACAGGCGUCGGGGGUCGGGGUCGAACCCACGACCUCCUGCGUACCAGGCGAGGGAGUUAACAUCUCGCCACAAUGGAUAUGCGACGUUGUGCUGUACUUGACAAACCCUGCGGUUUUAAGCUGCAGGCUUACGCUUUUUAUAACUCUUAACCGCUGACCAAUUUUUUCUUUUAAAAAAGAAACAGUUUCAUCGAAGAAGAAAAUAAUACAUUAAAAUGUUGUGAGGAUGUAUGACGAUAGUUUAAAGUUGGGAAUGCGUCAAAAAUGGUUUGCAUAUCGGCAGCUGAGUUUAAACUGAUAGGGCUGGCAAAGUGUGCCCCGGUUUGGGAGAUGUCAACAACCUCACCUGGUAUACAGGAGGUCGUGGGUUCAAUCCCGACCUUGACACUUGUGUGAUGAAAACUUAGCACACUUCUCUUGAGAUGGCACUUUAUUGAAGACACGUUCACUUGACAUCAGGCGGAGACCCCCACUGCGACAGCCCCGGGUCUCCCGCGCAUCUCCCUUUUAUACCUACACGAGGCCACGCCCCCCUUCUCGAUCAUUCUCGCUGACUGUGGAUGCUCGCUCCACCGUCCUCUUUCGUCACCUGACCACGCUCCCUUCUCGAACAUUCCCGUAGCCACCGGUCCCUUCGCACUCACAACUGAUACCCCUGUCAUUACCUCCUGUGGCCACUAGUGCAGGCUGACUCCCCUGUCAUUACCUCCCGUGGCCACUAGUCCAUUCGCACUGCAGGCUGACUCCCCUGUCAUUACCUCCCGUGGCCACUAGUCCAUUCGCACUGCAGGCUGACUCCCCUGUCAUUACCUCCCGUGGUCACUAGUCCAUUCGCACUGCAGGCUGACUCCCCUGUCAUUACCUCCCGUGGCCACUAGUCCAUUCGCACUGCAGGCUGACUCCCCUGUCAUUACCUCCCGUGGCCACUAGUCCAUUCGCACUGCAGGCUGACUCCCCUGUCAUUACCUCCCGUGGCCACUAGUCCAUUCGCACUGCAGGCUGACUCCCCUGUCAUUACCUCCCGUGGCCACUAGUCCAUACAAACUGCAGGCUGACUCCCCUGUCAUUACCUCCCAUGGCCACUAGUGCAUUUGUACCACAGGCUGACUCCCCUGUCAUUACCUGCCGUGGCCACUAGUCCAUUCACACUACAGGCUGACUCCCCUGUCAUUACCUCCCGUGGCCACUAGUGCAUUCGUACUGCAGGCUGACUCCCCUGUCAUUACCUGCCGUGGCCACUAGUCCAUUCACACUACAGGCUGACUCCCCUGUCAUUACCUCCCGUGGCCACUAGUGCAUUCGUACUGCAGGCUGACUCCCCUGUCAUUACCUCCCGUGGCCACUAGUCCAUUCACACUACAGGCUGACUCCCCUGUCAUUACCUCCCGUGGCCACUAGUCCAUUCGUACUCGAGGCUGAUUCCCCUGUCAUUACCUCCCGUGGCCACCAGUCCAUUCGUACUGCAGGCUGACUCCCCUGUCAUUACUUCCCGUGGCCACCAGUCCAUUCGCACCGCAAGCUGACUCCCCUGUCAUUACCUCCCGUGCCCAAUAUGCCACUCACACUGCAGGCUGACUCCCCUGUCAUUACCUCCCGUGGCCACUAGUCCAUUCGCACUGCAGGCUGACUCCCCUGGCAUUACCUCCCGUGGCUACUAGUCCAUUCGUACUGCAGGCUGACUCCCCUGUCAUUACCUCCCGUGGCCACUAGUCCAUUCGUACUCGAGGCUGACUCCCCUGUCAUUACCUCCCGUGGCCACCAGUCCAUUCGUACUGCAGGCUGACUCCCCUGUCAUUACUUCCCGUGGCCACCAGUCCAUUCGCACCGCAAGCUGACUCCCCUGUCAUUACCUCCCGUGCCCAAUAUGCCACUCACACUGCAGGCUGACUCCCCUGUCAUUACCUCCCGUGGCCACUAGUCCAUUCGCACUGCAGGCUGACUCCCCUGGCAUUACCUCCCGUGGCUACUAGUCCAUUCGUACUGCAGGCUGACUCCCCUGUCAUUACCUCCUGUGGCCACUAGUCCAUUCGUACUCGAGGCUGACUCCCCUGUCAUUACCUCCCGUGGCCACCAGUCCAUUCGUACUGCAGGCUGACUCCCCUGUCAUUACUUCCCGUGGCCACCAGUCCAUUCGCACCGCAAGCUGACUCCCCUGUCAUUACCUCCCGUGCCCAAUAUGCCACUCACACUGCAGGCUGACUCCCCUGUCAUUACCUCCCGUGGUCACUAGUCCAUUCGCACUGCAGGCUGACUCCCCUGGCAUUACCUCCCAUGGCUACUAGUCCAUUCGUACUGCAGGCUGACUCCCCUGUCAUUACCUCCCGUGGCCACUAGUCCAUUCGUACUCGAGGCUGACUCCCCUGUCAUUACCUCCCGUGGCCACCAGUCCAUUCGUACUGCAGGCUGACUCCCCUGUCAUUACUUCCCGUGGCCACCAGUCCAUUCGCACCGCAAGCUGACUCCCCUGUCAUUACCUCCCGUGCCCAAUAUGCCACUCACACUGCAGGCUGACUCCCCUGUCAUUACCUCCCGUGGCUACUAGUCCAUUCGCACCACAGGCUGACUCCCCUGUCAUUACCUCCCGUGGCCACUAGUCCAUUCACACUACAGGCUGACUCCCCUGUCAUUACCUCCCGUGGCCACUAGUCCCCUCACACCGCAUGCAGGCUCUAUUGUCAUUAUACAUUUGGAGUUUGCAUGUUCUCUCUCUCUCCGUGGUCGCGUGGAUUUAUCCCUCCACAUUUAGAAUCAACAAGCAUUGAGAGUCUUUGGCUGCGAUAAAUGUCCACGUGAUAAGCCGCUUCGCUGAGCUAUAAUUUGUGAUAGCCAAAUUGCUUCUGAAAAAGAGACGUUUCAGUAGGCCUUGCCAGGUAAAAUCAAAUGUUUUUGUUUGUAGUGCUAAUGGAGAUAUAAGUCUGUAAGUCUGGAAAGACCCAAGGCCUGUGGAGAGAACGACUUGCGUCAUCGUAGAUUUGGAGCAGGCCCACUUGAAGGUGAGAUUUGUCUGAGCACUAAUUCAACUUCGGGACUUAAGAACGUUUAAGUAUCGUAAAGUUAAGAGGGAUCUCUAGGGGGUGGAUCGGACCACUGGUAAGUCAACGUCAAAUUCCCACCGAUAAUAAUGUAACGAUGACAUAAAAGAAAUGUGCGUCAAAGUGAUCUGUAACCUCCUUAAGCACGCGACGAGAGAUGCCAAAUCGAGAUGAAUUAUAUUAUUGCUUGCCAAUUACGUAGAAGUUAAUUAGAAAUCCGACGGGUUGCAUACGUGUUGAGUUUGUGUUCUCCCCUUGGAAGAAUGCUCCCACUUAUCACUUGCAAAAAUACUCGGCGCAUCCCAAGGAAGCUGCAAUUUAAUUGUUUUAAGUCCUUGAUCACUCCCCGGCGUAUAUGAAUAUCAUUAGAAAUCAGUUUAACGUAGCAGGCUUUCGUGACCAAUAUCAUCCAUAAUACAGUUUUUUUGGGGGGUUAGAUCGCGUAAAUAAUUAGGUGACUUCUCCACAAAUCUGGCUGUCGCCUGAUGAAGCUGGUUGUAAUUACUGGCGAAACGUCGUAUUCCGAUUGUAAAUGUUGUGGCUUGGCUCUCCAACACACCGGUUAGUGCUGUACUAGUACACUACACUAUACACUACACUACUAUACACUACACUAUUAUAGAUUACACUACUAUACACUACACACUACACUACUAUACACUACACACUACACUACUAUACACUACACUACUAUACACUACACUACUAUACACUACACACUACACUAUUAUACACUACACACUACACUACUAUACACUACAGUAUACACUAGUGCUGUACUAGUGACGAAUUGCCACGUUCUGUUUACGUGACAACCCUUACUAGUUGGCUGUGUCGGGUGGUGACGGGUUUUAACGACACAUUUAUACCUUUACGCGAUCUAAGCCCCCCCCCCCCACAAACAUCUCUUAUGGAUCAUUAUAAAUCGUUGUGGUCAAGAGUCGUCAUUGCAACCGAGGGAGAGCACGCGAACGCUUAAACCGGCGGGUUUCACAUGAAUUACGUGUAAAAUGAGAAUGCAAUAAUUGGUUAAAAAAUAAAUAUAGUAAUAACAAGA